CCAGCAUCCAGCAAUGUCAGAUGGAACUUUCACAGCCGUGCCAUCAAUACUGUGUUUGAGCACAGAGAGGACCUCAUCCGCUGUUUCGAAAGCAUACAAGACUGGUGACUUUGACCCCAUUACAGUCAGAGAGGCUGGAGCAUUUGCCAUGCUACUGGAGGAUCAGGAUUUUAAGUUCUUUCUGCAACUUUUCCACCAUAUCAUGCCUCAUGUGGACCUUCUCUAUGCCAAACUCCAGAAGAAGGUCAUAGAUUCAGUCUGUAUCCAGGAGAGCAUCCAACAGUUCCAGCAGGACAUUCAAAAGAUCAGGUAAUUGUUUAAAUAGCUGAUUUUUCUUUUUCUUCUUCUUCAUUAAUAUUGUAAGUAUUUCUCUUUGGCAGAAAUUCUCUCCACUCCAUGGUUGGACAAAGCAGCGUAGGUAGUAAUCAGCCAGUGAAGAAGCGUCAGACACUCGGUGUACAAGACCAUGAAAGGAUUGCUGCAGAGGUCUGUGAUAUCAUACUGGGACACACCAGGGAGCGCUUUUCUUUCACAAACCACCUUGUUAGUGCCACACUCCUGCAGGGGGACAGAUUUGAACAAUACAACACAGCAUUUCCUGAAGAUGCACUGAGCAACACCUUAAAAGCCUAUCCAGUGCUCAAUCGAGGUAAGCUGAAGACAGAGCUUACUCUCAUCUACAGCAAGGAAGAGUUCAAAGCCUGUUGUGGUGCUGUGGGCCUACUCCAGCUGUUUCUGGAAAACAAUCUAGAAGAAGUCUUUUCAGAAACUGUCACGCUCUUGAAGAUCCUCAUCACCACACCCAUGACCACAGCAGAAGCUGAAAGGUGCUUUUCAACUCUGAAAAGAAUCAAGACUUUUCUGAGAAACUCAAUGACGCAGGACAGGCUGAAUGCAUUGGCCAUGUUGUCAAUGGAGAAAAGACUAGUCACAGAGAUGACUGACGUUAACAAGAAUGUAAUUGAGAAAUUUGCAGGGCAGAAGGAAAGGAGGGCAAAAUUCAUGUUCAAAUAGUGCUAUUUUUUAAGAUUUGUUUUGUUUGUUUUUCAUUUGUUUGUUUGUGUGCGCCCCCCUCAGUUUUUUUAACACCAGCCGCCACUGGUCACAUGACAUGUGAAAUA